UUGUAUAGGAUUAGUAUGGAUUAAAAAUGGUUCUACUCCGUGUCUACCACGUGAAGAAAGUUUGGUUAACAGUCCCUUUAUUCCUGAUGAUUAUAUACCUGGAGGGAGAAACAAGAAACCAGCAGAUAAUUCCGUCUAUCAAUCAAUCAAAGAAUUUAACCUUCUCUGCAGCUGAUAUGGUGAUAGAGGAAUCAGAACGUCGUCUUCCGUCCUGUAUAAUUAUAGGUGUUCGUAAAGGGGGAACAAGAGCGCUUCUAGAAAUGCUGUCUUUGCAUCCUCAGAUCCGUGUAGCACAACAAGAAGUUCAUUUCUUCGAUAAUGAAACUAAUUACGGACAAGGAUAUCCCUGGUACCUGAACCAGUUCCCCGCUCUGGGUCCAGAUCAGAUCUGUGUGGAGAAGAGUCCGAGCUACUUCGUAACUCUCAAGGUUCCAGAGAGGAUCAAGGAGAUGAACCCUCGGAUGAAACUGAUUCUUAUAGUCCGAGAUCCUGUUACAAGACUUAUAUCAGACUUCACACAGAUAACACACAAUAGAAUAGAUAAGGGGUUGCAGAUUAGAGAUUUUGACUCCACGAUGGUUCGAGAGGACGGAUCUUUAGCUCUGGAUACCUACGGAGUAGAUACAGGAGUUUACUCAACCCAUCUUCUAAACUGGUUCAAACACUUUCCUAGAGAACAGGUUUAUAUUGCUAAUGGAGACAAGUUAAUCCGAACCCCGUGGCAGGAGAUGAAUAAGAUCGAAAACUUCCUCAAUCUUCAACACUCAAUCUCUAGAUCUCAGUUCUUCUUUAACACUACUAAGGGUUUCCACUGUUUGGUUGUUGAUGGACAAACUAGGUGCCUGGCUAAGAGUAAAGGAAGACCACAUGUAAAUGUUAGUAAAGAUACGAUUGUAAAACUAAGAAGAUUCUACAAACCUCAUAAUUACAGAUUCUAUGGUUUAGUUGGGAAAGAUUUCGGAUGGCCGGAAGAAUAAAAACUUAAAGAACUUCAAUUUUGAUAUAAAACUCAAUCAAGUGAAAGAAUGUGGUAUCAAGGUAUCUGGAGAGAGAGCUAAACCAGGAAACGGGAUCGAAUCUAAUCCUUGAAAACUCUGCACUAAAAUCUGUAUUUUUUCUGUCCUUUGUCCGCUUUGACAAAACGCCUGUGAUUACAUAUCAUUAACUUAAUACCUACAUUUUUCAAUUUUAAACCAGGGUUAACCUUUAGCAUAUAUUUUUUUCAGAAACUUUUUGUUUACAAAAAUAUAUUUUACGGGUUUACUCUGGAACAUACAUUUUCUAUACUUUCUGUAAGGCGGAUUUUGCCGUCAGAAUAUUUUAAUGUCGUCUUUUCAGAUUAAAACUUCUAAGUCUUCUCUUUCAGGUUUUCAAGUGUUUUAUUAGAAUAUGAAUAUAUAUGCUUUCCUCUUUUUAGAUUCUAAACUCUAUUCAUGAUAUUAAAUUUAUGCAUUUUUAUCCUCACUUUUGUCAUUCAAACUUGAAAUUGGAAUUUUGCAGGGCAAAACUGGCCAUUUUCUACACAAAAAUAUUUAGCAGGGCACACAAAUAUGUUCACUAAUAAUUCAAAAUUCUAACUUAAAUUAAAAAAUGUUUUAGAAGUUGAUACUCUAAUAGAAAA